UUUGCAUUCUUGGACGAGGGAUGGUGCUAGCGUUCCUUCGCCCGCUGCGCCCUCUCGGCGGCCUGCGCCACGCGCGCUUCAUGGCGACGCGGUCGUCCUACCAGCGCAACCUGGACGAGAAGAACAAGCGCAUCAUGCUCUACACGGCGUCGACGGCGCUGCUCUUCUUCGGCGCGGCCUACGCUGCAGUCCCGCUCUACAAGAUCUUUUGCCAAAUGACGGGCUUUGGCGGCACGACGCAGCGCAGCGACAUCCUCACGGCCGAGAAGCUGAGCCCUGUCGAGGGAGCGCACCCGAUCCGCGUCACCUUUGACGGCGGCGUCGCGGGCGCGAUGCCCUGGAGCUUCCGGCCGAUCCAGCGCGACCUCGUGAUCGUGCCGGGCGAGACCGCGCUGGCCUUUUACACGGCCAAGAAUCCGACCGAGAAGGCGAUCACGGGCGUCGCCACGUACAACGUGCACCCGCCCAAGGCCGGGCUCUACUUCAACAAGAUCCAGUGCUUCUGCUUUGAGGAGCAGCGGCUCAAGGCCAACGAGGAGAUUGACAUGCCCGUCUUCUUCUUCAUCGACCCCGAUAUUGUCGACGACCCGUCGAUGACCAACGUCUCCAACAUCACGCUCUCGUACACGUUCUUCAAGACGGACGACGUCGACGAGGACGACGUCGAGUAAGAGAUGCCCACGAUAGACACCCAGCAUGGAAUAAGCGACUGCAUUUGUGCAUUU